GUUCGAAGUGCGCGCUUUCAGCACUAGGUGGCCAAGGAUCCCAAGUCGCACUUUGCCGACUGCUUGGCAUCUGCUUGGCAUGCUCGGGUGCUCGUCUUGUGGUCGUGUUGGGUGUUGAGUUGUUUUGUUGUCUUGUGUUCGUGGUCGGCAAGCAUGGGUGACGGUGAUAGCAGCCGAAAAUACCGGUUCCUCGUGCUGGGAGGAACUGGGUUCAUAGGCAGGCAUCUGGUAGAUUUCUUGUUGAAGCGCAACUUGGCAACCAAGAUUCGGGUUGUGGACAAAGUGCCCCCUCAGAUGGGAUGGCUAAAUGCCAAUCAUAAGGUUGUAUUUGAAGACCCAAUUGUUGAAUAUAAAAGUGCUAACCUGAUUAAUCAAGCUUCUUGCAAAGCUGCCUUUGAAGGGUCUGAAGAGCCUUUUGACUUUGCAGUCAAUUUGGCUGGUGAAACCAAAAUUAAUCUCCCAGACUCUGUGUACCAGGAAGGAAUUGCAAAGCUGAGUGAGAACUGUGCAAAAGAGGCCAUUGCUCAUAAUAUCAAGCGCUACAUUGAAAUCUCUUCUGGACAUAUUUAUGCCGAAGGAAAAAAGCCAUCUCAAGAGGAAAGUGCUUUGGAUCCUUGGACUGCAGUUGCUCGAUUUAAGAGGGACGUGGAAAAAACCCUGGAAGCAUUCAAAGAUCUGGACUACGUCAUUCUGCGCCCUGCUCUUGUGUAUGGCGUGGCCGACAAACGUAGCAUCACUCCUCGGAUUUUGGUUGGUGCUGUUUACAAACAUCUCAAAAAAACAAUGAAGCUUCUGUGGACCAAAGACCUCAAGAUGAACACUGUUCAUGUGUCUGACCUUUGUAGUGCUGUGUGGCAUGUGUGUCUUCAUGGAAAAGCUCGUGAGGUCUACAAUGUUGUUGAUCUCGGAGACACCACACAAGGAAAAAUCACAGACAUUAUUUGUGAGAUCUUUGGAGUGAACCAUGGCUAUUGGGGGACGGCUGCUUCCUUCUUGGCCAAAGCUGACAUGCAAGGUGCAGUGCAGGAAAUCAAUGAAAAGCACUUGGCACCCUGGGCAGAAGCUUGUCAGAAGGAUGCCAUAGCAAACACUCCUCUGUCUCCUUAUCUGAGCCAAGAGUUGCUCUACGACAAAAAUCUCUGCAUGGAUGGGAGCAAGCUUCAAAGCAUCGGCUUCACCUACCGUGUUCCCGAGAUCAACAAAGACUGCAUUAACGAGAUAAUCGACGACUACAUUGAGAUGAACAUUUUUCCAAAGUCGCUGAUCAAAUGACGAGGCAAAGCAAGCAGAGGAGCUAAUCGAGCUAGUCAGCUGCUGUUCAUCUAGGACACCAAGUGCCUCUGGGUAACACUCAGUCUAAAAAAAUUGCCAUUAACCAGUUGCAAUGCAGCCCCGGUGCUCAAUAGCAUUUUUUUUAUGGUAUUUACACCUUGUUGCUUUUUGAGGUCUGCAUUUUGUUGAACAUUCUUAUUCCAACCUUACAUUCCUCUAAAGGCAUUUACGCUCCUCUAAAGGCAAUAUAUUGCACUGUUGAAACGUUUUACGCACUGUCUUUACACAAUUCCGACCAUGGUCUUCACAGAGCGUUAUUGUGAUAUCGACACGAUAAUAAAGACCGUGAGAAAAUGUG